AUGGCGAAAACCAAGCUCAAAAACGUACUACCGAAUACAUACGUGCCUGUCCUUUCGAAGGAUGUGCUUACGGCCGUUCUUAACAGGCUACAAAAGCUGAGUCUCAUUGCACUAAUGCUGCUAUGGCCUCGUCUCAAGAAUACUCAACCCCAACUUGAUAAAGAAAACGCCCUCAAUAGUCAGGUUGAGUUCAAUAGAAUGGCAAGAAAUGAUGCCAAGGAGAUGAAAGAGGGUGAGAAGAAAUGGAUCAAGUCCAAGAUCAUUGAUAAGAUCUUAUUUGAGUACUGGAGUCGAGGACUUAAUCUCCUCCAAUUGGCUCAAGUUGAUUGUCAACUAAUAGUGGACAAUUCAAAUGCGUUCCUUUGGAACCUGUCGACUGUGAAGAACGUUAACAAUGAAGAGAUUCCUCUAUGUUUGGAUCCUUCCGUGUUUUUGAAUGCAUUGGCAGCAGAGUUGAGUAAGCUCUUCAUGUCCUAUAUUUAUGUUUGCAAGCAUCCCAACAUGCCGCUUGUGUUAGUCCGCAUACAAGUGUUUGACCUCAUACCAAAUGUGAAACGUGGGAGAGGACGUUCAAGAACACUGCAUCCUCAUAUUACAUCGCAUAAGCCAUACUUUUUGGCGUUUCCUUCCAAUUCUCCACAUCUUAUACACUCUCCAGGAGCUGAUCUUGUAUCCCAAGUGAUUCUCACGGUGGUGGAGAAUUGCCUAUCACAGAAUAGGAGAAAUCAGCAUCGUUUGAUAACACCUACAAACCAAAAGGCGGUGCGUUCUCUUGAGUCAAUGCAUAUCUUGAAAGGAUGUUCUAGGUUUGGUAACAGUUUAGGUGCGUGGACGCCAUACGCGGAUGGUGAAGUCGAUUGUUCUCCUUUGGCUAGCGCUUCCAAGCAGCUAGAUCAUAAAGCCAAGCAAGUUUCUGUUGGCUCUGUAGAAGAGAAGUUCAGGAAGCUUGCAAAUGUCAGAUUCAAGGGCUCUGCGGGUGGAAACAUCGUCUCUAAGAGAUUGUAUGACGACAUUAGGCCUCUUAAAAAGGCUAAACUUACGAACGGACAGUCAGAAAGCACUGAUAAUGAGUUUUCUUCUAUUGCUCCUGUUAGAUUUGCUCAAUAUGAGUUGAAGGAAAAGGUAAAAGAAAAUGACGAAGAACCUUCACUGGUGAAUAUGAAGCUUAUCGGGACAGAUGUAUUCGCGGGAUUACAUGAAUUAGCUUCCAACGCAUUUGAUGAAGCAAAUUCGGUAGUUGAUCCUAGAACGAUACCAGGGUGGUUGACAGGUGAGGAAGGCAUUAAUUGUGGACAGGUUAGAAAUGGUCGCUUUUAUAGUGACCCGGAGUAG